ACCUGGCUGCGUGAGUCCACCUGCACGGGAAAAAAUACAUUCUGAAAAAUACAGCUCCAUUGUGCAGCACGUGGGUUAGCUUACAGAGCUGCUAUGGAGCCAGGGUUUCCUGAGCAGGAGUGGAACAGUGCUCCUGACAGCACUCGAGGCACAGACAGCAGAAACCCCGUUACAGCUUCUAAUGUCUAGAUCAGUGCAUUCCAGAGCUAAAAAUGAAUGCUUUUGCUUCAGGGGAUGGAGGCUGCCUCACCUUCACCAGGGGUUACCACCAUGGGAGCAGGAGAUCCUUAACUUCAUAGAAGGGUUACAAGCAGAGGCUGUUCUUGCAUGCAGAGAACUCAAAGUUUGGGUCUAAAGAAUAAAAUAAUUGCAAAUUUCCAAGUGCAGCCUAUUUCAGAGGUGCACCCUGUGCAUUACGUACUGUGUCAGUGGCCGCAGGUCAGUCAUUAUAAGCUCAUCAGGAGUAAGCUUGCAAUUUAUUUUGCCAACCAGAUUUGCUUCAUCUGUGCAGUGUGGCUUUAAGUGUUCCCUCUGCUGUAGGUUUUAAAAAUAAAAAGCUUCCCUUCUCCCUUGCCUUUUGAUGAACUGGUGGCUUCUCUCCAAUACCAAGGGUUGUGUGUACAGCUCUCUGCCUGCAGCGCUGUGUGGGGGCACAUCUGUGUGCUCAGAGAACUGGAGGGGACAAAACAUCCCAGCAAGGCCGGGUCAGCAGGAGCAGUCACACACGUCGUUCAGAACCGAAGGAGGAUACGUGUUCCUGAAGCAGCGGGGGCAGAAGUCAAGUGGGGUCUUUUGCUUUUGGGAAAGUUGGAGAGGAAAAGGAGGAGGUGUGGGUUCCGGCAGCUGUUACAAUAACAAGCAUAGGAAACGGAGUAGAGGGCCUUCCAUACCAGUCUUUAUCCGUCACCCACUCCGGAGAUGUACCUCCUGUACCGUACAGCAGCCGCAGCCUGCUCCGCUCGGAGCGGGGUUCUGACUACGCGCAGGGCAGAGGCAGAGCCCCCCGCGCUCCCUCUCAGCCUUUCCUUCCCGCUCCUUCCCCCGCCCCGCGGCGCUUGGAGCAAACUUCGGGGUCGCCGCUUUCCGUGCAGCCGGGUCCGGCGGCGCCGCCCCGGAGCCGCAGACGGGAGCCCGUGGACGGGUACGGCCGGCGCCGCGAGUCCCGGGCGGUGCCGAAGCGGUGCGGGGCCGCGGACCGGCGGGGACAAAGCCGAGGGAGCGCCGCAGCGGCGCGCAGCUCAGCCCGCAGCCCGAUCCGCACGGUGCGGGCGGGCACUGCGGCGGCCGCGGCCAAUGGGGACGCGGGGCGGAGCGCCGCCAUUCCGGGCCGCACCUCCGCGGCCGCUCGGCGGCGCGGCGGCGGCCGGGGCUCCCCCCGCUCGGGGCGGGGACGGGAUGCGCCGCGAUGCGGUGCGAUGCGCUGCGCGGUCCCCGCCGUCCGCCGCGCCGCGGGGCGGAGCGGAGCGCGGUGUCGCCUCGCCCCGGCGGCCGCGGCCGCGCGGCGAUGGCGGCGCGGAAUAAGCGCGGGCGGCCGCGCGGCUGCCGCUAAGUAGGGCAGCGCGGGGCGGGGGCGGCGGAGGGGCCGUCGCGGCGGCUGCGCCAUGCGGGCCGGGAGCGGGGGGCCGGCCGGGAGACGGCGCCGGGGGCGGUGCGCCCUGCUGCCCGCCGCGGGCCCCGGGGCGCCGGGGCGCUGAGCAACAGUUGGCCCCGCCGCCGCCGCCGCCCAGCAUGAAAGUGUGCCGGCGGAAAGCGCUGGCGCUUUGCCUGGGCUACGCGCUCCUGCUGCUCCUCGCCGCCCUCAACCUGCUGGAGUACAAGUGGCGGCGGGAGCCGCGGCGCUGCGGGGAGCCCCCGGCCGUCCCCCGACAGCGGCCCCCUCCGCCGCCGGCCGGGAGCAGCGCUCCGCCGAGCGGGCGGCGGCAGCUGGUGUACGUGUUCACCACCUGGCGCUCCGGGUCGUCCUUCUUCGGGGAGCUCUUCAACCAGAACCCCGAGGUGUUCUUUCUCUACGAGCCCGUGUGGCACGUCUGGCAGAAGCUGUACCCCGGGGACGCCGUCUCGCUGCAGGGAGCGGCCCGCGACAUGCUGAGCUCCCUGUACCGCUGCGACCUCUCCGUGUUCCAGCUGUACAGCACGGCGGGCGCCGGGAAGAACCUGACGACGCUGGGCAUCUUCGGGGCGGCCACCAACAAGGUGAUCUGCUCGUCCCCCCUGUGCCCGGCCUACCGCAAGGAGGUGGUGGGCAUGGUGGACGACCGCGUGUGCAAGAAGUGUCCCCCGCAGCGCCUCAGCCGCUUCCAGGAGGAGUGCCACAAGUACCGCACGCUGGUCAUCAAGGGCGUGCGCGUCUUCGACCUGGCCGUCCUCGCCCCGCUCAUGCGGGACCCCACCCUGGACCUCAAAGUCAUCCACCUGGUGCGGGACCCGCGGGCGGUCGCCAGCUCCCGCAUCAAAUCCCGACACGGCCUCAUCCGGGAGAGCCUGCAGGUGGUGAGGAGCCGCGACCCCCGCAUCCACCGCAUGCCCUUCCUCGACGCCGGCCACAAGCUGGGCGGGAAGAAGGAUGGCGGGGGCGGCUCGGACUACCACGCCCUGGGUGCCAUGGAGGUCAUCUGUAGCAGUAUGGCCAAGACCCUGCAGACCGCCCUGCACCCCCCCGACUGGCUGCGGGGUAACUACAUGGCCGUGCGCUACGAGGACCUGGUGAUGGAGCCCAUCAAGACCCUGCGGCAGGUCUACGGCUUCGUUAACCUGGCGGUCAGCCCGGAGAUGGAGAAGUUCACCCUCAACAUGACCAGCGGCCCCGGCUAUUCCUCCAAACCCUUUGUGGUAUCGGCCCGGAAUGCCACGCAGGCGCUGAGCGCCUGGAGGACUGCGCUCAGCUUCCAGCAGAUCAAGCAGGUGGAGGAGUACUGCCAGCAGCCCAUGGCCCUGCUGGGCUACGAGCGGGUCGGCAGCCCCGAAGAAGUGAAGGACUUAAGCAGAACGUUGCUCAGGAAGCCGCGGCUGUGAGCGGGCAGCGCCGUGUGGCCGAGCUCCUCUGGCCUGGUGGGAGAGUGGGGGUCAGGAGAGGGUUCUGGGUUCCUCCAAAGACUGCUGAAGGGUAACAUGCAGUAGUAAUGUGAUGAUUUCUGGUUGUUUUUUUUUUUUUUUUUUUUUCUUUCUUUCUUUCUUUCUUU